AUGGGUAUCUCCAGAGAUUCUAUGCACAAAAGGCGUGCCACUGGUGGCAAGAAGAAGGCCUGGAGGAAGAAGAGAAAGUACGAGCUUGGUCGCCAGCCUGCUAACACUAAGCUGUCGAGCAACAAGACAAUCAGGAGGAUCCGUGUUAGGGGUGGCAAUGUGAAGUGGAGAGCAUUGAGAUUGGAUACUGGAAAUUACUCUUGGGGAAGUGAAGCUGUAACUCGCAAGAGUCGUAUACUUGAUGUGGUAUACAAUGCCUCAAACAAUGAGCUUGUGCGUACUCAGACCCUUGUCAAAAGUGCCAUAGUGCAGGUUGAUGCUGCUCCAUUCAAACAGUGGUAUCUUCAGCACUAUGGUGUUGACAUUGGUAGGAAGAAGAAGACAGCUGCCAAGAAGGACUCUGCAGAGGAGAGUGAAGCUGCUCCAGCAGAAGAUGCCAAAAAGAGUAACCAUGUGCAACGAAAACUUGAGAAGCGCCAAAAGGAUCGCACACUUGAUCCUCACAUUGAGGAGCAGUUUGGUGGUGGGCGUUUGCUUGCUUGCAUUUCCUCUCGACCUGGUCAAUGUGGCAGGGCUGAUGGCUACAUUCUGGAAGGUAAAGAGUUGGAAUUUUACAUGAAGAAACUCCAGAGGAAGAAGGGAAAAGGCGCUGCUUGA